UGUCAAAAAGGCGUUAUAUGUGACAUGUUGUUAAAACCGACAUCACAACGUAAUUUGUCAUUCAAAACCCUGUAAUUUGAGGUGCUACAUGAUAAGAUUCGACAUAUCAGGCAAAUAAUAAACGAUAAUGUGUCCAAAGGGCGUUAUACAUGACAUGGCGUUAAAACAGACACCGCAACGUAAUUCAUCAUUCAAAAUCCUUUAAUUUGAUGGGUCACACAUUGAUUUCUGAUUAUCCGUUCCGAAGAUACAUGGUACAUUGCCAUAACGGCCUAAGGGAUAACUUGGUUGAGCUGUAAAUGCUUAUUUAUUGUUAUUGACGUUAAAACAAAGCCAUUAGCAUAGAAAAAUCUCGUAUCGCAGUUUGAUCUCUAGCAAAUCCUAAUUCGCUCAAUUUUGCACCAAGUGCUCCGUGCAAUAUAUCAUUAGAAAGGUCUUUUCAUACAUAUUAAGAAAAUCACUGACCAAGUGUGUUACGGUCAUUAUUUAUGGCUGAAAACGACAAAAAACUACAAAUUCUCAAUGUACUAUAUUGACACAAAAUGUACUUAUAUGGUACAAAAAAAAGGCCUUAUACAGAACAUUGUGUUAAAACAGACAUCACAACGUAAUUCGUCAUUCAAAAUCCUUUAAUUUGAUGGGUCAUACAUUGAUUUCUGAUUAUCCGUUCCAAAGAUACAAAUAUUUGUACAAAAUUAUGAAAAAUCGAAUAAUUUGAAAUAUUUACAAAAAUAUUUUAAGUUGUUUGUUAACAUGCCGGGUGUGUAUGGUUGAUAAGAAAAGAGUGCAGACGUUAUUUUUGUUAAUAUUAACCUCCAAAGAUAUGACAAGCCACAAUGCUAAAAGUCCGGAUGUAGUCGGAUGAGAACAUGUAACCGCAGUUGUUAUUUGUGUAAAUGUUAUCACAUAUUUUUAAAACUAUAAGGUCUUGUUUUUGCAAAACACAUUCAAACAUUUGAUCACGUUCAUGCUGUGUGAAUUUCGCCUAUAAAUACUGAAACAGACGAGCAUAUACCACAGUCGACAUCUGACAGUUUCUACAGUAUAGUUGCAGUGUUCAGUGGAAAAUAUUCAAUUAAGAUAUUCCUAGCGUUCAGACGUGUGCUCUGGUGAGUUUUAUAUCGUUCAGAAGUGUGCUCUGUUGAGUGACAAACUUUGAAUAUUUUUGAUUUUGUCGAAAACAAUUUUUUGAAAUUUUUAAAACAUAUUUAGAGUUUGGGUUCUAAAUUUUUGAAUUCUAAGUUUUGAAUAUGUAUUAUUUUAUUACUUAGUGGUGUUUGAUUUGGUCAGUAUUUUUUAAUAAUUUCUCAUCCUUUAAUAACGAAAACAUGAACAAAUUCUUAGUCACUAAAGAUACUUUUAAGAAAAUCCGUAGAUUUGGCCUCCAGGGACGAACUCUGGAAUUUAAAAUCAGGGAUGUGCCGCAGAGUGAGGAACCUGUGGGAUGGGUAAAAAAGGCCAUCGAGGGGAUUGUGCUUAAGGGAACAGAAGGUUUGGAACCAACCGAUCAGGUCGGUUUCACUUUUUGCUCGAAAGACUUUGCCAGAGGUCAGGGUUGGAUGCGGUUCAAACCUGCCUCUGAAGUGACCGUUGAUGAUAUAUGGGAUAAGAUUAGUUCCAUUUAUCAGUCAAAUUCUGCAGGCCUCAAUACCGAGACAUUUUGUUUGGGUAUUACGACGGUGCGUUUGCCUACAGGUAAAGGUCGUGGUUACAACUAUAACUCUUUCACCGAAGAGUGUGCCCGUAGGAAAGGAAUUAUUGUUAUUAAAAACAAGGAUAAUCUUUGUUUACCUCGUGCUCUUGUGGUUGCAAAAGCUCACGUAGAUAAGGACCAAGAAUGGAAGAAGGUACGUCAAGAUGUUGGAAAAAUACAAGGACAAAGAGCCCAUCAACUGAUUGAAGCCGCUAAUGUAACAAUUCCUGUCGGAGGGGCAGGAAUACCCGAACUACAACAGUUUCAGGGACACCUCACAGAUUACAAAAUUGUGGUGUAUAGUUAUGGUAGCAAGGGUCGUGACGUUAUGUUCUGUGGUAACACUAAUGGUCCAGCGUUAAAUCUUUUGUAUCAUGAAGGACACUUUAACGUGAUCACUUCUUUGACAGCUGCUUUUUGCUGUCGAUAUUAUUGUGAGGAGUGCCACCAGCCGUUUAACAACAAAAACGACCACAGAUGUGGUGGUACAUGUUUUGCUUGUCGUCGUUCACCAGCUUGUUCCAAAGAUUGCGUGAAAAUACCCUGCGAUCAAUGUGGUCGAAACUUCUACGGUAAGGCAUGUUUCAAUGCUCAUGUUGGUUCGGUCUGUGAGAAAAUCAAAAGGUGUAAGACCUGUUACAAGAUCUACACCAAAAGUCAUGUCUGUGGUGAGGUCUUCUGUAAAACUUGUAAGAAAAAUUGUCCGUCAGAUCAUCUUUGUUACAUACAGCCCGAUUCUGGUAGGCCACCGUCAAAAGAUUUUCUAUUUAUAUUUUAUGAUUUGGAAACUCGUCAAGAAACGGUAAUGCCUGAUGGUUCACUUCUUCAAGAACCUAACCUGUGUGUUUUUAAACAGUGCUGCGACAAAUGUUUGGAAUCCGAUACCCGCAUGUGUACACAAUGUGGUGUUCAUCUGCAAGUUUUAAAAAACAACCCUAUUGAACGGUUUAUGGAGUUUGUACUUAAUCAACGUAAGUUAUUCAAAAGAGUCGUUGUUAUGGCCCAUAACGGUGGUGGCUUCGACCAUCAGUUUGUGUUAAAUUAUAUUCUAACAAAGACUGAUAUUACUCCCGAUUUGAUUAUGCGUGGUACAAAGUUGGUGUCAAUGGCUGUUGGUAACGCUCGUUUUCUUGAUAGUCUUAAUUACUUUCCAAUGGCGUUGUCUGCUCUACCUAAAGCUUUUGGGUUGACAGAGUUGAAAAAGGGAUAUUUUCCACAUUUGUUUAACAGAGAGGAAAAUCAAUCUUAUGUUGGACCUAUGCCUGAUCUUAAAUUUUACGAUCCCGAUAAUUUAAAAGAUGAUGCACGUGACAAGCUGAUCGCGUGGCACGCUGAAAGAGUAGAUGAGGGAUACGUUUUUGAUUUUCAAAAGGAAAUUGUUGAAUAUUGUAUUAGCGAUGUUGAGAUUUUGACUAAGGCUUGUCUCACUUUCAGAAAACAGUUGAUGGAUACUUCAAAUGUCUGUCCGUUUUUCGAGGCAACAACUGUUGCAUCGACGUGUAACAAGGUAUUCAGGCGUAAUUUCUUACAACCAAACACAAUAGGCCUUAUUCCAAAAGGUGGCUAUCGAUUCAAAGAUAAUCAGUCGAAAAUAGCUUUGCAGUGGUUAUUGUGGGAAGAGAAGCAACGCUGUAUUAAAAUUCAGCAUGCUGCCAGAGGACCUGAAGCUCUUAUUGGAAAUUGUAGGGUAGACGGUCUUUACGAAAACACCAUCUUUGAUUUUCAAGGUUGUUAUUAUCACGGUUGUCCUACUUGUUACCCUACAGAUAGAACUGCACCCCUUCAUGACGAUCCUUCAGAUUGUAUGGAAAAUCGUCAUGAUAAAACAAUUGCUAAAGUUAAGCAUCUCAGAUCAAUAGGAUAUGAGGUGGUUGAAAUGUGGGAAUGUCAAUUCCGUAAAAUGCUGACGGCCGAGAUAAAGGCGUAUACCGAGGGGCAUCCUCUUAUGGCUAGUUUACCUUUGAAUCCUAGAGAUGCUUUAUAUGGUGGUCGUACAGGCAAUACUGUAGAGUAUUACAAGUGUAAAGAUGGUGAAAAAAUUAAAUACGUUGAUGUUUGUUCGCUUUAUCCGUGGGUAUGCAAGUACGGAAAGUUCCCAAUCGGACAUCCAAAGAAAAUAUAUAUUGGACAGGAAUGCACUGCUGUAGACAUUACUGAGUUAUCUGGAUUAAUAAAGUGUAAGGUGCUUCCUCCUACAAACCUCUAUCAUCCUGUUCUUCCUACCAAGAUGAACAGUAAAUGUAUGUUCGUUUUAUGCCGAAAGUGUGGAGAGGACUUUGCGGAAGAAGAGUGUGAGCAUUCGAAUGAUGAACGGGCUCUAACAGGUACUUGGGUGAUUGAGGAGGUAGUGAAAGCUUUAUCAAAGGGUUAUAAAAUAAUUGAGACCUAUGAGAUAUGGUCCUAUGAUACUUUACAGUUAUCGAAAUCUCAGAAAGGUCUUUUUUCCGAUAUGAUGAACAAAUUUAUCAAAGUGAAACAACAAGCUUCAGGGUGGCCGCGAGGAUGUGUAUCGGAUGAGGAAAAGAGCCGGUACAUCGAGGAGUUUCUUCAGAGGGAGGAUGUCAGGCUGGAGUUUUCCGACAUAACGGAGAACCCUGGUCUGAGGUCGUUGGCUAAGCUUAUGCUCAAUUCUUUCUGGGGUAAGUUCGCUCAGCGAGAGAACCUCCCUAAAACAUCCAUAAUAAACAAGUCUGGAGAAUUUUUUGCUAUGUUGAUUAAUCCAUCCAUUCAUGUUAAUACGGUGAUCCCUGUAAAUGAGGACACACUGGUUGUUACGUGGGAGUAUGUGGAGGAGGCGUACUCAAUGUCGUCAACAGUUAAUGUUGUUCUGGCAUCAUACGUAACGACUCUGGCUCGUCUCAAACUAUAUUCCUAUUUAGAUCGGGUUCGCAAAAGAGCUUAUUACUAUGACACAGAUUCCAUAAUAUACCUUUCUAAGCUUGGUUUGCCAAACCUUCCUACAGGUGAUUGCCUCGGUGAUCUAACAGAUGAGCUUGGUGGUGGAUAUAUUUCGGAGUUUGUUUCUGGAGGGCCUAAAAAUUACGCAUAUAAAUACACUUUGCCUAACGGUAAAGAAAAAAUUUGUUGUAAGGUUAAAGGUAUUUGUCUAAAUUAUGAGGCAUCUAAAUUAGUUAAUUUCGAUACCAUUAAGACGAUGGUACUUAUGAAGUCUGACCCUGUUUCUGUGGUGACUAAACAAAUACAAAGGACACAGGAUCAUUGUGUUAUCACAAAAACCCUUGAAAAAAAAUAUAGACCAAACUCAGCAAAAAGAAAAUUUUUUGAAGAUUUUACAUCCUUACCUUAUGGUUAUAAAAAACUUAAAAUUUAAACUAUGGCCCAGACUCAGCUUUUUUUAUUUUAUACACUAUACCUUUUUAACACUCACAAUCAACAUUUUUAAUUAGUAAGUUAUAUAUUAAUAGAUUACUUUUUGUUUUGUCAACAGUGGAUGCUUUUUCCUCUGCGAUACAACCGAUCGUCUGUCACACUGAAAAGUGGGUUACUAAAAAGUUGUAGUGAGUUGUCGUUUGUCCUACAUGAUUAAAAAAUCUUUAAAAGAUGUUCAGUUAAGACCAUUAAAAGAUAUCUGAUAUAGCCCACUGGCAAAUUAAUGAGCCGUUCUGGUUAACUCUAGAACCGUUGCUCGUGUAGCCGCUCAUUAUAAAAGAUGGCAAUCAGAUCAUAAAAAGAUGUCUGCUGAACCAUUUCCUGUAUGUUUAAAAAAGAUGUUCAGUUAAGGUCACUAAAAGAUAUUCGUUAUAAAAAUCGUACUAUAAAUAAUGUUAAUAAAAAGAUACCUGCUGAACCAUUUCCGGUAUUUUAAAAUACAAUAAACAGUUUUCGGCUAUGGACAAAUUUGUGAUUUUGUAACAUCAUUACAUCUUUGCUCGUUACUUACUAGAAGGUGGGGCAACAAUCGCUUGUUCUAUGCUAUCACAAAUAUAUAUAUUGCAUCAACAUCACAUUUGAUUCCUCUGAGGAAAUUUGGUGGUUGUAGGCCUCUAGGGGAUGGUGUCCACGAUAAAACACCAACGAGGUAUGUGUUGUACCUCAUGGGUGCCUUGGAAAUCAACACGAGUAACCUUUGUUUCAGAUUAUCCUUGAAAAAAUCAGCACGCAAUUUGGAGCUAUGUUAGCUUUAACGUGAAGACCUUUACGACAUGCUUUUUCUUUACGACAAUACUGUUAGAUAUGUCUUUAUACAUUAACAAAAGUUUUUUUUUUUCUACCUAGGUAUACUCUAAGUGUAUAUAAUUUUUUUCUCAAUAUAUCUGAUAUAUAAUACCUUUAAAUAUGGUCCUCCUUUUGGAGUAUAAAAAGGACGGUCGACUUUUAACCCAGCACGGAUGCACGCCUAUGUACCUUUACGAAGGGAAUUGUACAUAAACCUAUAAGCUGAUCGUAAUCCAUAUCUGCAAAGUAUGUUGUCAGCUUGGGUUAGUAUAUACAGUGCAUUCCGUAUGUUUUAUAAACAUGAUCAGAGGGAAAUUGUUGCCUGAUGGCUAUUAAAGAACCGUCUAUGACCCUCAUAUAUUCUUAUCGCAGAUGUUUAAUUUCAAACUGUAAAAAACAAUAAUAUUACCUGACUUUCCGUAGAUAAAAUAUUGAAUGCAACUAUUCAGUAAAUUACAUAAAAAUAAUACGCAUUUUUCUGAAAAGACUUGUGCAUGAAAUGUUUGCUGGUUUGGUCACAGCGUAAGAAUGGUAUAUGUUCAUUGUAGGAAUGUAUGCUUGGAGGGAGAUCGAGGAUGUUUGUUGGUCAUACUGUAAGAAUGGUAUAUGUUCAUUGUAGGAAUGUAUGAUUGGAGGGAGAUCGAGGAUGUUUGUUGGUCAUACUGUAAGAAUGGUAUAUGUUCAUUGUAGGAAUGUAUGAUUGAAACGAAGAUACGAUAUAGUGCCGUUUUGGCAAUGUCUUAUUCACGUCACGUCAUUCACGUUACGUCAUUCACGGUAAAAUAUAACGUUAAAGAGGUACACUGUUAGGAUGGUUUAAAGAUAAAUAGUCUAUACCAUUAGGGAAUAGAGUGUAGCAGAGACCAUUAGAGGCCAUUAGAAACCAUCAGGUCACGUUAUUUACGUCGCGUGAUUCACGUGACGUUAUGCACGUCACGUUCUGUUAGGCACUGUCACGUUCUGUUAGGCACUAUACGGAAAAGAAGAAGAAGAAUUGGCAAUUAAUAUUGAACGUUGACAGAAGAAGAAUUGACAGUUGCCAUCUGUGUCGCCACCGCUUUCAUUUGAUAUCCCAUACGUCAAAAUCGGAUCAUUAGCCAAGAAGAUAUGUUGUAAUGCCGUUUUGGCAAUGUCAAUUAGUUACGUGUUGCAGCCGACAGGUGGCAUGAUAAGAUGAAGAACUGUGAUAGGAUGUUUGAUGGUCGUACUGUAAGAAUGGUAUACGUUCUUCUAGAGGGCUUGGGCAUAGUUACAUGUUGCAGCCGACAGGUGGCAUGAUAAGAUGAAGAAUUGACCACAGCGUAAGAAUGGUAUAUGUUCUUAUAGAGGGUUUGGACAUAGUUACAUGUUGCAGCCGACAGGUGGCAGGAUAAGAUGAAGAACUGUGAUAGGAUGUUUGAUGGUUUGGUCAUACUGUAAGACUGGUAUACGUUCUUCUAGAUGGUUUGGGCAUAGUUACAUGUUGCAGCCGACAGGUGGCAUGAUAAGAUGAAGAACUGUGAUAGGACUAAUAUAUCACCGUUUUGGCAGUGUUGCCAUGUUUCUCCUUUCCUUCAACGUCUGUUGCGUUAAAAUCAAUAGCAACGAAGAUAUAGUGCUGUUUUGUCAUUGCUGACAUCUUUGUUUUUAUGGUAACAUAUUCAAUAUCCCCUCUUUUUCCCAACGAGACCAUAUUCACACGAAUUGGACCACUAGACACGAAGAUAUGAUAUAGGGCCGUUUUGUCAUUGCUGACAUCUUUGUUUAUAUGGUAACAUGCCUUCCUCUUUCCAACAAUAUAUAAUCAGUCAGGUCGGAGACAUGCUACAAUGCUCUUUUGCUAAUGUCUUUGUGAUUGCUGCUCUUUUGCUAAUGUCUUACAUGUAAUAAACGAACCAAUAACAGCGCAGAUGGCAGAUAGGUGCUUCAUGGAUAAGUGUCUUAUUUGGCUUUCUGACUACACCCUGUAUAUUUUGCGAUAAACGAAAUAAAGAGGAGGCCAUCUUGGAAGGCGAGGGUUUGUGACGUAGGUGGGCCUGGCUGUGUUCCCAUUGGUCGGUGCCUGAUC